AUGCAGUGUGAGAUGGUGGACCUGGACCAGCAUGAGAUGGACCUUUUUGGGGCAGCACGAGAUGGUGGACCCUCCCUGAUGCAGUGGGAGUGUGAGAUGGUGGACCUGGACCAGCAUGAGAUGGACCUUUUUGGGGGCAGCACGAGAUGGUGGACCUUUCCUUGGGCAGCACGAGAUGGUGGACCUUUCCUUGGGCAGCACGAGAUGGUGGACCUUUCCUUUGGCAGCACGAGAUGGUGGACCUUUCCUUUGGCAGCACGAGAUGGUGGACCUUCCCUUGGGCAGCACGAGAUAGUGGACUUUCCCUUGGCAGCACGAGAUGGUGGACCUUUCCUUGGGCAGCACGAGAUGGUGGACCUUUCCUUGGGCAGCACGAGAUGGUGGACCUUUCCUUGGGCAGCACGAGAUGGUGGACCUUCCCUUGGGCAGCACGAGAUAGUGGACUUUCCCUUGGCAGCACGAGAUGGUGGACCUUCCCUUGGGCAGCACGAGAUAGUGGACUUUCCCUUGGCAGCACGAGAUGGUGGACCUUUCCUGAUUAACUAAGGUGGUGUACCCAUGGCACUCAGAGAUGGUAGACCUUCCCUUGGACAGCAGGAGGAGCAGGACCUGGAGCAGUGUUAGUUGGACGUAAAAUGGAGCAGUGUAAGAUAGUGGAUACAAGGUAGCAUGAACUG